ACCCAAUGAAAGGCGCAAGAAGCUCACUAUUCCACCAUAAAAUUUAUCUUAUUAUCAUGUACUCUCAAUUGUCUUCAAUGGCCACUCACUCUUUCCUGGAAAAACCUGAUUUUCCUCCCCCCUUGAAAUCCCCUUUAUAUAAUCCCAUCCCUCCUCCACCUCUCCUAUUCACUUAUAGCUUAGUCCACAAGUUACAGCAAAAACAAAAGCCCUUCCCAGGUAUCAAUCUCUGCAUUGCCCUGAAGGUAUGGAACUUGACAUUGCAGUUGAGUUCGAGGAUUACUUUCCGUCAAUGAUGGAGAGAUUGGGAGCUGAAGGGUUUAUAGGGGAGCUGUGUAACGGGUUCCGGCUGCUGAUGGAUUGCGAAAGAGGGCUGAUCACGUUCGAGAGCUUGAAGAGGAACAGCAUUUUGUUGGGGUUGAAUGACAUGAGGGAUGAUGAGAUUGUUUGCAUGUUGAGUGAAGGGGAUUUGGAUGGAGAUGGUGCUUUGAACCAGGUUGAGUUUUGUAUUCUCAUGUUUAGGUUGAGUCCUGGGCUAUUGGAUAAUGGAUCCAAACAAUGGGUUGAAGGAUAUGAUGUUCUAUGAACAUAAACCUUUCUUCUUCUUCAUCUUUGUUGUUUUAAUUAAUUGUUUGUAAGCCUGAAUUAUUUAAGUUAAUUUAGAGAAUUGCAAUUUGAUGCAACUAAAGCAUGUCUUGGAGAAGAAAGAAAUAAAAAAUAAAAUUCAGAUCUAUAUUUAAGA